AUGGUGUCGACGGAUACUCAAGCUGCUGUAAAGCACAAACAGCGUCUAAAGCAGCCCGGUAGACUUUACGUGAAAGCUGUUUUUACUGGUUACCGCCGUGGUUUGCGCAAUCAGCAUGAAAAUACCGCAUUGUUGAAGAUUGAUGGCGUUAACGAACGUAAGGAGACGGACUUUUAUCUCGGCAAGCGUUGUGUAUAUGUGUAUCGGGCGAUGAAAAAGAAGAAUUUCCCGAGGCGUAAGAAGCCCACGAAGAUCCGGGUCAUUUGGGGAAAAGUCAUGCGACCGCACGGCAACAGCGGUGCUGUUCGAGCCCGAUUCAAGCAUAAUUUACCAGCCUCUGCAAUGGGCCGCCGGAUUCGUGUUAUGCUGUACCCGUCUCGAGUUUGA